GAGAGCCGAGUUGACGUCACGCCGCGGCGCUGUGCCUGGCGCUGUCCCGCCGCUCCGGGCUCGCUUCGUCUCCUCAGCCGCAGGAGGGGAGCGGGUCGGUCAGGCAGUCAGUCAGUGGCACCGGGCGCACGGCACCCGGCAGCAGAGUAAUUCACCCUCUGAAGCGGCAAAUGACAAAUCCGCAUCGGCCACAGGGAUUACACCAACGGGAUUUCUUUGAUGAAGAUGUCUUCUUCAGCUCUGUCUGCUGUGGCUAUUUCCUGAAGGCACAGCCAACUUGGAAUAUAACAACAAGAUGUAGAGUGUCCAACAAUCCUUCGGCAAGAGGAGGAUCUAAAAUAGCCAUUUGACAGAUGGCAACCAUGGGAGGAUUGCUUGCAUUGUCACAUACUCUGAUAAGUUGCCAGCUGUGGGCGGGUCCACCAAAGAAUCUUCUCUGAGGAGAAGAUUUGGAGUGGAUUAAGGCUAAACUGUUACUCUAACACAACAGAAACAAACGGCAAUAAAAAUCUCAAGGAGCCGUGAAGUACAUUUAUAGAACCCACUGUUGAACAAGACAACCAUGUGUCUGCUCUGCUUUGUAUAGCCCUGUGGGAAUUCUUGCAGGCACUCAACAUCCCAGGAAUAUCAUCCAAAGCCAUGCCCACCAAAAGUUAAUUCUCUUCAGCUGAGUAUCGUAUAUUUUGCGUAACUGUUCAUUGGAAAAAUAAUCCAAUAUUUUUAAAAGGCUUCUGGAUGAAAAUAACCCUUAACCUCCACUGUGAAAUAAUUAUUCACCAGGGAAAUGGCAGAAAACUUUGACUGUGCCUCCCAAGUCCAUGGCUUUGAUCUAGGUGCACGUUACAUUGACUUGCAGCCUUUGGGGUACGGCGCCAAUGGUUUGGUAUUUGCGGCAAUAGACAGCCAAAGCUACCGCAAAGUUGCAGUGAAGAAAAUCACUAUUAGUGAUGCUCAAAGUCUAAAACAUGCUCUGCGGGAAAUCAAAAUUAUCCGUCGAUUGGAUCAUGACAACGUAGUAAAGGUCUUUGAGGUUCUUGGUCCCAAGGGAAGUGAUAUACCUCAAGAUGUUUAUAGGUUGAGCAUGGUGUAUAUAGUGCUAGAACAUAUGGACACUGACCUUGCUCGCCUUUUGGAGCAGGGACCCCUUUCAGAGGAGCAUGCUAAGCUUUUUAUGUAUCAGCUACUUCGAGGACUUAAGUACAUACACUCAGCCAACAUACUGCACAGGGAUCUAAAGCCUGCCAAUAUCUUUAUCAAUACCGAAGACCUUGUGUUGAAGAUCGGGGACUUUGGAUUGGCGAGGAUUGUGGACCCACAUUACUCACAUAAAGGUCAUCUUUCGGAAGGUUUGGUAACAAAAUGGUAUCGAUCUCCACGUCUCCUUCUGUCACCGAACAAUUACACCAAAGCCAUUGACAUGUGGGCUGCAGGUUGUAUAUUGAUAGAAAUGCUGACUGGAAAGAUGUUGUUUGCUGGUGCACAUGAGCUGGAACAGAUGCAGUUAAUUCUGAAAACAAUUCCUGUUUUCCGAGAAGAGGACAAACAAGAAUUGCUCCGUGUCAUGCCCGCCUACAUCAACCCAAAGUGGGAGGUAUCAAAACCCCUAAGCGAUCUACUUCCUGAAGGAAAUGCAGAAGCUAUCGAUUUCCUGGAAAGGAUCUUGACAUUUAACUCUAUGGAUCGAUUAACUGCUGAAGAAGGCCUAGCACAUCUCUUUAUGAGCCCUUACUCCUGCCCACAAGAUGAACCAAUAUCUCAGCAUCCUUUCAGAAUCGAAGACGAGAUAGAUGACAUCCUGCUGAUGGAAGCGAGUCAGAGCCAGAUGUCUAACUGGGAGAGAUAUCAUGAUAGCUUCUCUUCUGACCUGGAGUGGCUCCGGGACAAAUAUGGAGACAUGGAUGAAGUGCAGCGAGAUCCAAGAGCUAUGUCCAAAGCUGUAGCAGAGGAUGUGCAGAUCGACCCACGUAAAUAUUCACAGAGUAGCUCGGAGAGACUCCUGGAGCAGUCUCACACGUCAAUGGAUCGAAUGUCUGAAAUGGACUAUGGACGAUCGUGCGAUUAUAAAAUCGGAUCGCCCUCUUACCUGGAUAGACUAUUGUGGAGGGAUAACAAGCCCCAUCAUUACUCCGAACCCAAACUCAUUCUGGAUUUAUCUCACAGGAAAAGAACAGCAACGGCCUCGUGUGUGGCUGUUUCGCUGGAUGAAGGGAAAUCUGACCUCCUUUUGAAAGUCUCAGAUUAUAAGAAUGGCAGUCCUUUAAAAAUUGAUUGCUCCAGCUCAUUGCCAAACAUUCAGGAAAGGAGUCAGCCAGCAUCGCCGCGCACUCUGGCAUCUUCAGAAAUAUCAAGUGGAGGAGGCUCACAAUUUGAUUUUGAUGUCUUCAUAUCCAGAGCUCUGAAACUUUGUGGGAAACAAGAAGAGCUAGCCGAUAAUAAAUUGAAUGAUUUGAAUGGCACUUGCAUGUCAGAACAUGCCAAUGAAAUAGUCCAGGCAGAAAUCAAUGAAAAAGAAAGAUGGUAGAAUACAGCAUUAUUGGAUAUUAUUGGAGCUGCUGCAUUGGGGUGUCAGUUUAUAAAGAUGGUGUCUCAACAAACAAGUAGAAUAACUUAAUGGAAAUUAAACUGGAAAAUUAAUUCUUGGGGGUGUGGGCUGUUUGAUCCAUUCCAACCAAGAAUCACUGCUUCAUUCAUUUGCAAGGUAGCUGUAGUAAACACUGAUGACCUGCUAAACCUGGGAUGAUUAUGACACAAUUUCAGCAAAAAUUAAAGCUCAUAUUUUUUGUGUAUUUCCAGGCAAUGAAUUUGUCACUGUGUACUGAUAGUUUCAAUUAAUUUGCCUGAAAAAUCGAUAACUUUAUGUGAUGCAUGUACAUACAGGUUACAUUUUAGGUUGAUACUAAUGAAUUAGGGGCAAUACCAUGGAUGUUGUGACAUUUUUCUUUCAAAGGCUAAAUUAUUUUUUUUACUAUUUGAUGCCUUGUUCAUUUGCUCUGCCCAAUUCUAGCUUUCUGCCAUGUUUUUGUGUGUGAAAUUGCCCAAUUGGAAUAUUUCCAUUUGCCCCAUAUAACAUCUCAACUUCUUUGGGUUAAUUGUAAUCUUUGAGUUAGAAUUUAUUUCCCCUUUAUCACAAAUGCAAUUUAUACAGAAUCCUGAUGGGAUUUUAGCUGGGCAUGGUAUUCGCUAAAGAUGCUAGCCUCAAUGAAAUCUGAUGGGACAGAAUUAGUAGUUAUUUUCUAAAUAUAAAAUAAUAUUUUUGGAGAGCCAGGAGAUAUUCCAUGUGCACGAUGUGGGCUGCUGUAUCCCAGGCUUUCCACUUCAAUGACUGAAUCUCUAUAUCCCCAACUUUUACAUUAUUGGAUUGGCAGCUUUAAAAGUGCCAAAGUAACUUCAUUACCCUGUCAGAGAUUUAACCACGGUGUCUCUGGAAGGCCCAAUUUAGCAGUCAACUGCCCAGCCAGGAGUUAAAAUCUAGCCUCUUGUAUGCUGUAGAUGAGAUAACAUUUUGGAGUUCUGGACUGUUACACCACCUAUUGGUGUGAAAAUCCUAUUACUACAGAGGUGAAAUUAUUUACAUUUAUUUUUUUAAGAGAGCUUGCUUAUUUCUUGGGCUGAAUAAUUAUUGUAGAAAAAUGAAACACUUCUCAACUCUGCCUUUGUGAAGCAUUCCCUUAUCAAAUAUAAUCCAGACUGAAGGCUCUGGAUUUCACAUUCUGUUCAAAGAGUACACCUUGCUUGCAAGCUCAGAAAAUCUUCUGGUAGACAAAAAUGCUGGAGAAACUCAGCGGGUGAGGCAGCAUCUAUGGAGCGUAGGAAAUAGGCAACGUUUCGGGCCAAAGCCCUUCGUCUAACUUGCACCAUGGUGAUCAUUUUCCAUUGUAUACAGCUACACAUUUUGUGACCAGUCAGAAUAUCACUUAAUGCAAAAUGGCAUGUGGACAUGUUCUGUCUCAAAGAUGAGUCGAGUUGCGACUGGUUGCACUGAAUUUAAACUGGGGCUGAGCAGCAAAAAUAAACUGCUGCAAGAUUUCUUUUUAAUACUUAAAAAGGCUAAACUGCUGAAAAUACAUCCUGAAGAUUUUCAAUCUGAUCUAAAGUGUAAUGUAAAUGCAGGUUAUUUUUCAAAAGCUUGCAGGUAAAUAUUAGGAGUGAAAAAAACUACUGAAAAUUGGAAAUAGUGCUCUCCCUGAUAAUGCCAUUAUGCCAUUUCAACAGGUACUGUAUAUUGCAGCGAAAAAUACAUUGAGACAUUUUAAUUGAUACGAGAAACUAAGUGAAUUCUGUUCAGCAAAUGUUGAAAAAAGAGCUAUUUGGCAUAAUAUUCUUGGGUCCCCUGGCCACUUAGAUGAAACUGAAAAAUAAAUAAUGUUAAAUGCGGUAAUGAAUCGAUGCAUUCAGGAAAUAAGUGUUCAAAAUGACAUGGAUAAGAUACAUGUAUUAUUGAAGGUUAUCAAGGAGACUGAACCAUGAGGACCAGGAUAGUACCUGUUCUCUCUCUUGAAUCCCUUGAGCUAGACAGUUCAAUCAAGGCAGCAAAAGAGCACUUCAACAUUAUUUCAGCAUUGGGUCCUUUUUACAUCUAGUCUUACAGUGUAGAAAGAUACGGUUCAUCCCUCACUCGAAGGAAAACAAACCCAGUCCAUCCAGUAUUUCCUAGUUAUUAAAAUGACUUUGACUAUAGUACUGGGAAGAAUAUAAAUUAUAAAAUUAGAGGUAUUUGGAGGUAAUAAAUGGGAAAAUUCAAUCUUCAUGUAUAUUGGGCAAACCAAAUUUACAUUAAUAAGGAUCAAGGUGACUUCACAAAUGUAUUCAUGAUAGAUUAAGAGAUCCGUAUAUCAAGGAUGCAAAAUGUAACAGGCUAAAUUGGAAGUGGUAUUGUGCCUUCAGGCAAGAUUAAUUAAUAACCAUGCAUUAGAGGAA